AUGCUGCUGCAACUGAGCAGAGCGGCGCCAGCAGUGAGCCUGUUGAGCAACAAUGCUGCACAGCAGGAGCAGCAGGUGGCAAGAGGCGCCCGUCAGUUGGACCGCUUCAAUCAUCGCUUUCCGGAUGGCAGCUACGAGUUUCGAUUUGAACUGGAUGAUGGCUCGGCUCGAUAUGAGCGCGGUUAUUUUGCAUACAUUAAUGAGGUGAAGACUUUAAUGGUUGUGGGCUACUACUCUUACCGCAUGCCCGAUGGACGUUACAUCACUGUCUUCUACAAUGCGGAUCAGUUUGGCUACCGGCAAAAUCAAUCCAUCACUCCUCAAGUGUAUCCCGAUUUGCCGCGUUCGAUUGAGGUGCCUGUGACCAAAGAUUCGACAACAGUGUCACCACCUAAGAAGGCAACAACGCCGCCAAAGAACCAACAGUUUUGGCAACCACCCACUGUCAGCACCACGCCCAGGCUGAUGACGUACUCGUCCACUCGCAGCGGUCGCUUCUGA